AUGGGGGAGAAGACUUUCCAGAUCAUGGGUGCCCUCUCCUGCGUGGUGAUGGCAGCCUCGGCAGCAGUCUUCUGCCUGCCGAUGCACAGGCUCUCCUUCUUCACUGGCGGUUUCAUUCGCGCCGCGCGCAUCGAGACGCAUCUCUUGACGGUGGAGUUCCAGGAGGACGGCAGCGGCUUCUGCAAGGCGAUCAAUUACUUGCGCCCCGGCACGUGCUCCGACGGCAGCUUCAGCCUGGAGGAGGUCCAGCAGAGGUUCUGCGCCCCUGUGGUCGCCACGGCCUACCCGCAGGGCUGCCACGGCUUCCAGAACGCGUUCCGUCUCGGCAUCGGGCUCGCCGUCUCCCUGGUGCUCAACACAGUCGGCCUGGUGUGCGUCCUCUUCGCCCUCCACAGCUACAUCUACGGGCAGAGCCACAAGCGGUCCUACCGCAGCCUGGCGCUGAUCGCGCUCGUGGUCUCUACCCUGCAGCUGGGCGCUGCCGUGAGCAUGUACGGCCUCUUCGUCUUCAGGCACCUGGACGAGAUGAAGGCCAGAGGCGCCAGCGGCAUGGUCACCAAGUUUGUCUUCGCGGCGAGCGAGGGCAUCGGGGCUUCCUUUGGCUUCUUCGCGUGCGCCAGCAUCAUCUUCUUGCAGCUGUUCAUGCUCGCGAUCUGGCAGUACACCAAGACCUCGCAGGAGCAGAGCGACGAGGAGAUCAGGGAGAAGAAGCUGUUCGCCGCCGGGUUGGAGGCCCACGCGGGCUACGGCGGUGUCCCGGCCGCGGCGCCGCCGGCGCAGCCCUGGCCGCAGGCCGAGCAGGUCCUCUACGUCCCCGGCGGCGCCGCGCCGCAGCAGUGGGAUCAGCCGCCCACCGGCUUCGGAGGCGCCGCCGGCGCGGGGCCGGCCCAGGCAUGGCCCCAGGCCGGCGGCCCCGCGCCGCAGCAGUGGGACCAGCCUGCCGGGCUGCUGGCCCCGAGCACUUACGAGAGCCAGCCCCUGGAGAUGCGGCGGGGGCAGACCUACAUGCCCGACGUCCCGCCGAGCAACGCGGUGUGA